ACAAACGUCUCCAGCGGAUUUUACGCACACUUCACAGGAGAGGAGCACCAGGAGAACUCUGUUGGUGGCAUUUUCUCGUCUUAAACGGAAGGCAGCAGAUGUUUGUAACUCCCUACUGGAUAAUAGUUUUACAUUUUGAUGCAGUUAUUACUCCUGGCGUCACUGUGGAUGAGUUGUGCUGAAAUGUUUCCUCAGCUCUGUUGGCGGCGAGCCUGUGCUGCGGUGUCAAAGCCAGGACUGUGGACUGUUUGCCGCUCAUUUUCCUAAGCCUCAAACAUUUCCCUAGAUUUUAACAGAGCAGAGUCUCUUUCUAAUGGUUAAAGGGGGUCUCGUAUACAAAGGGAUUCUUUUGACGAAGACGAAAAGAUAAGGCAGGGAUUUUCUCUUUGGAUUCCGUGUUUGGCACAUCACCGACCGUACGCAGAAGCGCCAUGGAGCCGUAUCGUCUCCACGUCACGCUGCUGCUGCUUCACCUGGUCCUGGUCGUGAUCGGCUGGCCCGUCGGGACUGGACGGAUCCGGAAAAAGGCCACUAGGACCCGGUCCUGCCUGGACCUGCCGGAGGAGAUUCUGGAGCAGAUGUUCGGGCGACUCUCGGUGGGAGUGAUGAGCGCUUUUCAUCACGCGCUGCAGCUCGAGCCACAGGACAAACUAAACCUCACGUGCCCGACCACGGCGAGGUCCCCAAACAGCAGCAAGAGCCGCCUCCCGAUCAACCUGCUCAGCAUCUCUCCAUGGGCUUACAGACUCUCCUACGACCCCUCCAGGUAUCCCCAUUACAUCCCUGAAGCCUACUGUCUGUGUAAGGGCUGUCUGAUGGGACCGCACGGCGAAGAGAGCGAGCAGUACCGCAGCACGCCGGUCUAUGCUCCCUCAGUCAUCCUGAAGAGGACGGGCUCCUGCCUCGGAGGACGACACUCGUACAUGGAGAUCUACGUCUCUGUGGCGGUGGGAUGCACCUGUGUGCCGAGGCUGGAGAAGGACAGAGACGGACAGAAGAGCAACCAGAGCAUGGAGAGAACGGAGAACAAGACAGGACGGAGAAGACUCGUCCCUGUGAGGAAGAAAGUAUGACGAUGACUGAU